AUGGUAAAGCAAAACGUUUUCUGGAACAAAUUACCUAAUUCCAAGUUAAGACAAUUUUUGGAAAACUAUAACAAUGUUAGUGUACCUGCAGAGUCAACCCUAAUUAACCAUUUGUCGCUAGUGUACAAUAAAGUUGAAUCUAGAAUCAGUUCAGAAUUGAGUGACAAAGACUUUUCUGUUUCUGUUGAAGAUAGUACCAAUGUCAAAAGGCAAAACAUCGCUAACGUGUUAGUUGGAGGGAUGGAAGAGUUGGUUCCAUUGCGAGUAUUAGAAGGCACAAAUUCCGAAACAGUAUCUGAAUGUGUGGAUGAUAGUCUAAAAUCAAUGUGGGGUGAGAACUAUGAGAUUAAUAAAGGACGUGUUCUGUUAUUUUUAACAGAUGAAGUUGCAUGUAUAUAG